AUGGCCGACAACGCCGAGUCGAGCGGCGACGCUCAAAUCACCUUCAAGGUAAAGACGUCGUCUGAUAGCACCCACGUCAUCACCAUGUCCGAGAACGCGACCGUCCUCGACCUCAAGACCAAGCUCGCCGGCGAGGACUUGGAGAACAUUGCCGUCGAGCGCCAGCGCCUGAUCUACUCUGGCCGAGUCAUGAAGAACGACGAUGCCCUCAGCACCUACAAGAUCAAGCACAACAACACCAUCCACAUGGUCAAGAGUGCCGCCAGCAAUCAGCAGCCCAACCAGGCUGCCUCUACCCCCGCCGCCACAUCCACAUCCACUCCCGCCCCCGCCAACAUGGCCUCGGGCACCGCCAACCAGCCUUUUGCCAACUUGACGGGGGCCAGAUAUGCUGGCUUUGGCAACGGCCUACCUGGCCUCGACAUGUUUGGACCCGACGGUGGCAUGGGCGCUCCUAUGGAUGAGGCAAACAUCCAGCGUAUCAUGUCUGACCCCAACAUCCAACAGUCGAUGAACGAGGCCCUCAACAACCCCGAUUUCGUCAACAUGCUGAUUGACUCGAACCCGAUGCUCAGAAACAUCCCCAACGCGAGAGAGAUUAUAUCGUCGCCCUUGAUGCGACAGAUGAUGUCCAGUCCCGAGGCCAUGGCUCAGGCUAUGCGCAUGCAGAGGAGCAUGCGAGGUGAGGGAGCUUUCCCUGCGCCUGGAGCUACCGACACGACACCCGAGGGAACUGCGCCUGGAGGCAAUGCUCAGGGAACCAACAACCAGAGCUCCCUCAUGAACCCCCUUCUCUUGUCAAGCCUGAUGGGCGGUCAGCAAGGAGGAGAAAACCAAGCCAACAUGGCGGCGCUGAUGCAGCAGUUUCAAGCCCUCAGCAACAUGGGCUUAUCGCCCUUUGGUGCUCCUCCCAGCCAAGGCCAGACUCAGACUGCGACAGGUCAGACGGCAACAGGGACCACGCCUAGCCAAGGCACCACAACCAACCAGCCCACCUCUGGCACCACCCCCAGCCAAGGCAAUGCUCAGCAGGGUUCAACUACCAGCCCACCACCUCCCGCGAAUCCUUUUGCCGCACUCUUCCCUCCUGCUGGAGGCGCCCAAGCCAACAACCCCUUUGGCAUGAACCCUGAGAUGAUGCAGCAGAUGUUGUCGAUGUUUGGUGGCCAAGGCUCUUCUCCAGCUGCGCCUCCUGACAACCGGCCCCCUGAGGAGCGCUACGCCGAGCAGUUGCGUCAGCUCAACGACAUGGGGUUCUUUGACUUUGAUAGAAACGUGGCGGCCCUGCGACGAAGCGGCGGAAGCGUGCAGGGAGCGAUCGAGCACCUCCUUUCGGGCUGA